AUGUCUUCUAUACUUCGUGCCCAUCGUCAUCCACUUCCUCGUGACAACUCAUCAUCGUUCAGUAACCGACGGUCACAUGUUUCUGCUGGUUUUCCUGCCAUAUCUCCUUGUCGGGGACGGGGCUUGGCUCCAAGUCAAAUUCGUGGCCGAGGUCGACAGCAUUUGCACCGUGCAAGCACCACUACUCAUACUACAGAUGAAGCUUCAAAAUCCCAUUCUCCUGGUGGGCAAGCUUCUUCUCAUGGCUCAAGGGAUGCCUCCUCUGGUAGUGAGUUGCUGGCUGGCCCAUAUUCUCGUUCACACUCUCGCUCGCACUCCCAUAGCCACUCUCGCUCCCGCUCCGUUUCCAGCAUCUCUUCGGUUUCCGGCUCUCCAAUUUCUUCGCGUGGUUCCUCAUUUUCUCUAGUUUCCUGUCGAUCUCCAGGAGAAGUGAAGUUUCGCCUUAGUCAAGGGCGUGGUGAUGGAGGCCGUGUCAGUUCAGAUCACGUCUCUAAAUGUCGCCGUCAAGAUCGCCAAAAUGAUGGUAAUGCACAGACAUCCUCAACUGGGGAGCUUUCUAAAGGCCGUCGAAAUCGUCACCAUCGUCAUCAUCGUCAGAACCAUAAUCGAUGCGGGCACUACAACAAUCCCGAUAAUGACCAGCAAAAGCAUUUACCAUGUGUUGAAGUUGAUGAGAAUGGCCUCCACCGUCGUCGGCGACGUCAUCGUUCUGAUUCACACUCCGAAGAUUCGCCGUCCAGUCUAGAUCAUACCGAUUUAUCAAAUGAAACAAAAGCUUUUCAGCACCAUUCUCGAUGUCACCAACCUCUAACCUCAUCUAAUCAUUUCGGAAGUCUUCGAAUUCGGAGACGUUCACAUCGCAAUGAUGCUGCUGCUAAUAUUGUUAAUGGAUAUCGAGAUUCUCCACUUUCUAAUUCUUGCUACUCACUUUCAUCCUCUUGUUCUUCUUCCUCUUCCAAAUCGAUUUGUUUAGAUAAUAGUCAUGUUUCUACUUCUGUGGCUGCAGGCUCCACUCCAGCAACCCUUACAAUUGCCGUAAAUUCUGCAACUGCUACCAUUGCUACUUCUCCUAAUGCAAGUAAUUCGCAGGCAAGGCGCCCAAGGGGCCGGCCAAGACGUACCGAACAAUUGGGACAGAUUAAUUCAAUUAAAAUUGGCCAGACAUUAUCUGUAUCAGAGGUGACUAGUACAUUACCUUUGUCACCAUCAGUAAACGCUUCAGGGAUCUCUCCGAUACCAAAACCGGCUUCUUCCUCAGCUGAAUCUGGUUCUGAAUCCUAUUCAGCUGCUUCCUCUGCCAUAUGCUCCUCUUCCCGUUCUUCCCUUUGGUCAUCGCCCUACUCAUCUCAUGCUUCAGCCGAUGCUUCCGGAUACUGGUCAUCUCUGGACGCAGUCAGUGCUGUCACCUCUUCCCUCUGCUCUUCUACUUGUGCUUCAGGCUCAGAAUUCUCCGAUGGGGAGCAGAUGACUAACGAUUUCCCUCUUAUGGCAAAUUUGCCACCCUCCAAUAGCCAGCCCAGCCUUGGUGAGCUGAUUUCUCAUUAUUGCUUUCUUCUUAUUCAACUUUAA